AUGGCUGUAUCACACAUACAAAGAGAAACCUCCCAGUUUAAACCACAUACAGACGUACAGCAUCUGCUGGUGUCCCUGUUCAAUGGUGACAAUCCUUUAUCUGGUCACUUGCCUCCUCAGGUUUUUCAAGGAUGUCAGCAGCAGAAACGGCAAGACUUGAGUAAGAUCCAAGUUUCUAUAGAGUUUGCAAGAGCUAUAGCCAAAGAUUCAGAAAUCAGCCUCGCCAUAAUGAUUCGUUCCUUGGGCGCGACUACAAACACAAAUUUCGAACUUCUCACCAAGGCUCUCCACGGAGUUGCUAAAUUGUCAUCUUUGUUGUACAUGCGCGGAAUAAGUGAAGGCUUUGAUUAUUACAUUGUCCUGAUAAAACAUGCUGUCAAUGAACCAAAGACAUUGCUCGUUUCGGAUCAGUCUCUCAGAUACGAGACAGAGAAUGACGAACAAUUUAAUAAGUUCAUCCGCCAGCACCUUUUCCAAACAAACAGGCAAUUAACUUCUCGAGAUGUUGCUCCCAGAUUUGGAAAGCAGAUUAUUUGCUGUUAUAUUCGGCUCUUUCGCACAUAUCUCACUUUGGUCGGGGAAGAUAGUAAUGUGAUGACGCCUUUUCUCCCAUCUACACUCAUUGUCUUUGCGAGGUACAUGACAAUGAGUUUGGAUCCUUUCCUCCGGUCUAGCUCAGAACUUCUCCUUCACUCUCGGUCAAUCUCUACACUAUCUCUUUUCGUUUUCGCUGCACUCCAGCAUGUUCUCCCAUCUGUCUCCCCAUUGUUUCCUGUUUGACUUUAGGUCACUUCCCCCCCCCCCCCUGGUUGAGCCAAGAAGCCUUCAGAUCUGUCCUAUCUCUUUGCGAAGACGUGGCUACAGGAUGUGCUUUCUUGGGCUCUUCCCAUCUCACUUUAGAAAAUUCAAAAAUCUCAAAAAAACGUCAUAUAACAAAUAAAAUCCAAAACAAAAGCCGUGACGUCCUCUUUUGCUUCGCAGCAAUAGAGGCUCACCAACCGUCUUGAGCACAAAGCUCCCUACAAAC